GCCGUUUGUCUGCAAAUUUAUCAAAUUUAUCUCAACUCUGUAAGUAGAUUAGGCUAUUGCCGUGGUCGGCAAACUCAUUAGUCAAAAGAGCCAAAAUUCAGCAGCAAGACGAUUUUUUAAAAUUUUUAGGCCGAGCCCCACUCAAUUCGCUUAACAGCGGCGUGCAGCUUGCGAACCCUGAUUUUCCUACCACUGGGCUAUUAUUGCAUUGAUACAUUCGCCAGUUAUUUCUCUCUUGUUUAUAAGAGUAAUAGAUUAUCAUUGUUAAGAAAAUAUUUCAUUAUCUCUCACCCCAGUGGUUUAUGUAUAUAAUUUUGGACACCUGAACAUGAAAAUAUUAAAACUCAAAAUACCAGGAGCCUAGAUUCUAUAAAACUUACAAUACCAGCACUCAUAAGUUUAAGAAAAAUUUUGAAAUCACAUUUUCUGAAACAUGGAAAGACUUUUCAAAAAAUGUAUGAUUAAAUUUUGUCUUGUCUUGCGCCAGGUGCAGCAUUAAAAAAUCCAACACAAACGUCAUCACCAGAUGCACCGGAGUGCUGCUGCAGCUGAUGUCAUAUCCCUUGGACAGUGUCCGUCAAGUGUGUUACACAACCAUUGUAGACAUAGUCAAGGUUAGUCUCUGCUCAAUUGUUUGUAGACACAGUCAAGGUUAGUCUCUGCUCAAUUGCUUGUAGACACAGUCAAGGUUAGUCUCUGCUCAAUUGCUUGUAGACACAGUCAAGGUUAGUCUCUGCUCAAUUGCUUGUAGACACAGUCAAGGUUAGUCUCUGCACUAUUGCUUGUAGACACAGUCAAGUUUAGUCUCUGCACAAUUGCUUGUAGACACAGUCAAGGUUAGUCUCUGCUCAAUUGCUUGUAGACACAGUCAAGGUUAGUCUCUGCUCAAUUGCUUGUAGACACAGUCAAGGUUAGUCUCUGCUCAAUUGCUUGUAGACACAGUCAAGGUUAGUCUCUGCUCAAUUUUUAAGUGUAAACAUUUUUUAAUGUGAUUCAAAAGAUUGCAUGGUUUGCUUAAUAUUUUUGGUUACUCUGGUAUAAAUUGUACAAGAACUGGAUAUAGUGAGGUGUGACAACACAGGAUACUACUGUGCUUGAAAAAUCUUUUAAAAUUUCUUACGUUAAAAUUUGUCCUGGUUUUAAAUUUGUAUUAUAAAACUAAAUGUUAACUUUAAAUUUUUGUUUAAAAAAGACAACUGAAUGUUAACUUUAAAUUGUUGCAUAAAAACUGAAUGUUAGCUUUAAAUUGUUGUAUAAAAAUGAAUGGUAACUGUCUUAAUUUUUAUUUGACAUGCUGAAAAUGUACACAUGUCCAUUUAUUUGGUGCACUAAAAUAAUCCUAUAUUGAAGUAUGUUAAUGGCCAAAGAUUAACUAUAAAGUAUGGCUUGCGAAAGAAACAGACCUGUUUACCCUCAAACUCUUAAAAUCGUACAAUAUCAUCACAAAAUCGUUCAAUACAUUAUCUUAAUAGUAAAAAUAAACAUACAAUAUAUGUAAUGUAUACACCUCAAAAUCGUACAUUGUACGUCAAAAUCGUAAGAGUAAACAGGUCUGAAGAAAGGACUGAUACGUUUUCAAAAUCUCUUAUAAAUUUUCCCCGUCAUGUUGACAGAAAAGCCUGCAGGUCAGUCUCGCAACAUCUCCCAAGUCGAAGGAAAGUUUUCAAACCAAGUUUCUCAUGAACCCCGAUGUACUCUAUGAACUCGUUUGUUUCGGACUCAACGACUCGGUGGCUAAGGUAAAAACUAUAGGAACAACAACAACGAAACAAAAAAGUAUUUUAUUGUGUUUGAUUGAGAAUAUUUUUCAAACUUUUAAAAUUGACAAUUUUGUUCAAAUGAAGCAAAAGGUGUGGCCCUUGAUCCCUCCAUUUUCACACCCAGUAUUGGGCUACGCUGGUGACUUGAUGCAGUGCUGUUCUUUAAAGUGUAAAACAUUUGGACGGGCUGUACAUAAUGUCAAAUCGUGAGGAGGCAUCAUACUGACACACUUAUAAAUUACCAGCAAACUUGCUGGCUGCUCUUUAAGUACAGUGCAGCUGAGACAACUUUGCCACAUGGAAAAAUAACCCAUCAGAGUUUUUGUCUACAUUCAGAGAUGAAAUUAAUCUUUUAACGCAUUGCUUCAAACAGAUAUGGAAAAUAACAUUGAAGAUAUUUACAACCGAUCAGAGGAAAACUUUUUUUGGGUUGACUCUGCGUUAAGUUAAUAGAUUUCAACUCUAGCCUAGAGUUGUAAUAAAUGGCAAAGAUCUCAGAAUGCUGAUGGUUUUGAUUGAUUAAUGGGAUAUUUAUAUAGCGCUGGUAUCAAUGCUACUAUAGCAUGGUCACUGCGCUCUGGUUUUCUUAAAUCUAUGCUACGUUUGUUGUCAAUAACCCUAUGGUCCGUCAGAGUGGGCAGUAUCAAAUCCCCCUUUUAAUCAUGUAGUUUAAAUGAGGCAGCUGUUGUUUUGUGAUCACUUGGUGAAUGUCAGUGUUUUAUCCCUGAAAGGUGAGGACCUGUGCCACUGAUGCCAUCCACCAUCUCCUCCAAUCCCAGCUUCUCAUGUCGGACGGGCUCUGGCAAGAAUUUCUACUGGCCCUCUCCAAAUCUUUGCCAGUUCUGCAAGUGAGUCAAAAAAAUUUUUUUUUUAAUCUGAGAAUGUUGAUGAUCUAUUAUAAUUUUCUGCUGACCAGGGGGGGGGGGGUCAAGAUUGGUCAAGUUGAGUCUGUUUUCUCUCCCCUGUACUGUAUACAUUUUUUUUUAAUCUUAGAAUGUUGUUGAUUUAUUAUAAUUUUCUGCUGACCAGGGGGGGGGGGGUCAAGAUUGGUCAAGUUGAGUCUGUGUUCUCUCCCCUGUACUGUAUACAAUAUAUACCAAUGAUAUUCAAAGCUCAAGCUACACCAUUCCAAUCUUAAAAUUUGCUAAUGAGACCACCAUUGUUGGCUUAAUAUCUGAGGGAGAAGGCCUAUACCGCAACUUAGUUACAAGCUUUAUCAAUUGGUGGGAUGAAAAUUUUCUCCAGCUGAAUUUCUCAAAAACAAAGGAAAUGAUUGUAGAUUUCAGGAGGGGGAAACACCAGAUCACAGAUCUCAACAUAAAUCAAAAUGUAACAAAAGUGGAGGCACACAAGUACUUAGGUGUAACCAUUAAUAAUAAGCUAACAUGGCAUGAUCAGGGCUUGAUCAGGGCCAAAUGCUGUAUAAGAAAUUCAACCAAAGACUGUUAUACCUAAAAAAAACUGUAAAUUUCGGCGUAAACAAGCAAGUCGUUAACUUAUUCUACAGUGCAACUAUUGGAAGCGUCCUUAAUUUCAGUAUUACCUGCUGGUGUGGGCAUUCAACGUUUGAUAUUAAACACCACAUAAACCAACUUAUCAAGAAAGCUAGGAACAUUACACAAACUAAACAUCCUUCACUUGAAGAACUAUUUGAAGGAAGAUGUUUUUGUAAAACUAAACACAUUUUGGAUGAUACAUCCCACCCUCUUCAUCAUAGAUACGUAGGAUCGGGCCGUUCGGGACGAAUUCUUUCCAUCAGGGCGAGGACUGAAAGAUAUAAAAAUUCUUUUGUUCCCCAAUCUGUACGAAUUUACUGGAGUGCAUCCUCUGAAGUCACACAUCUUCAUGAGAACUAAUAAGUCCCCGAGUUGGCUAAGAGAACUCACUGAAUGGCUGUUUGAAAUAAUUUAUUAUAAAUGUCUUGUCUUCAAAUUGUCUUAUUUAUGUGCUGAAAAUGUACAAUGCAAUCAAAAAACAUUUCCAUUUAUUUGGAUCAAUAAAAGAAUCUUAUCUUAUCUUAUCUUAUCUUAGUCCAGUUUUAAUACUGAAUAAUCAGCAUAUUUAAAAGUUUAUAUUUCAUCCUUGACUAUAUCUUUACCUGCAAACAGUCACCAACUGGUAAACCAGACCCAAGUGGAAUAAUGUCAAGUUCUGACUUGUCAACUUUUGGCUAGGAUCCACCAAUUUCUUUUUUUCUUUCUUAUUUCUAAAGUAAUUACCGUAUUCAUAAAACUUAUUUGUUUGCUUAGAAAUUCGCUAAGACUUGGGGGGGGAAUGUCUUUUAGUCUUACACAGAUCACAGCUCCCCCCUGGGUCGAAGUCUGUGGUACAUGCUGGACCCCACCACCACCACCCACAACCUGGCCUUACUGGACAAGAUGAGAGGAAGCCUGCGACUGAUGCUUCUGUCCGACAAAAGGUACGAUGAUGUCUAAGUGACUGGUGUAAUACAGAAAUCGUGAUAAUUUCCUGUUGGCUAUCACUACCAUAGGUUAAGUCUGUCUUUCUGUUGUCACUCUUUGUCUGCCGUUAAAGGCUUUUAAGUAUUAAGUAAAAACUCCCUUUUUUUUAUUUCUGUGAUCUGUCAGCCUUUCUCCUACUCUGUGUGCUACAUCUCAUCAUUAAAAGACCGUUGUACUUACUUCACAGAAAUGUUGAAACAAUUAUCCUUUAAAACUCUCUGUCUAAGUCUUGUAUGAAAUCAGCAACUCCUAAAUAAAGAAAGUUUAGCAACUAAUGAAGAUAGAAAACAUUUGUGGGAAGAGUCCAUUGAACACAUUUCUCUUACAAGUCCUACCAUUGUGAACAUCAUCUGGACAAAAUUUGUUCAAAUUGUAAGAGAAAAAAAAGAAGUUUAAAAUAUUUUAAUUUUUUUAAAUUUAAUUAAACAACUAUAUAAUAUGUCUUGUUAAGAUAAAUUCCCUUUAAAAAAAAAGGUUUCUAUUCAUAUAUGGUUCCUUUUUUUUUUUUCCCCAUUGAUGGACGAUUUCCAUAUUUCAAAGGGAUUUAACCCGGCCGUGUCAUUUAUUCCAAUGGAGCACCUGCUAUUUAUUUACUUUCUUUAUUAAAAAACCAGGCUGCGCAUAGACUCCGCCAAACAUCUGAAGUGGUUUCUGAGCAAUGAGCAGGCCGCGGACAGCAAACUUCCACAUGCACGUGACCUUGACCCCGCCAGCAUGUCAGCUUGCCUGAUACUCCAGACAACCCAGCUGGUUGAAGACAACUGCAGCAGAUCUGUGUUUAAGGUAAGUUUUCACCUUGAGAAAUCUUCAAGUUUGGACUUUAUUCUUUUACACUAUUCUCCUUGGCACUGUGACAGCUUUUCUCCAAUGUAUGAAUUACUCAUUAACUGAGCUCUCAAUCUGAUUCUUAUUAAAACGAUACUUGUGGCGUUGAAUGUCUUCAUAAAUAUUUGAAUUUCAAUGUUCAAUAAAAUAAAAUUUUUUUCAAAAUAAAACCUUUACCCUUCUCUUAAAUUUAACCAAAUUUCAUAGUGUUGCGUGCCAUAGAGUGGUAGAUGACAUUUCGACAGUUUAGAAACUUUCAGCUCUUUGCAAGGUCUAAUUAUUUUUUCAAAAGAUCUUGAAUGCAGUCAGGGUAAAGAUGGUUACAUGGUCUGUGGCCAAUGUUCCCUCUAAGGUUUGUUGGUUCAUGUGCAAAAUCAUACAGUUGUGUGCAAAGUUUUACAGCAUCAAUUUUUUUUGUGCAAAAUUUUAAAGCCCACAAACACACACACACACUUACAUGGAAAUUUGCUGCGUGGUACUCAAAACUGCGCAGCUUAAAGGGAACAUUGUCUUUGGCCCUAUUUAGCUGAAUGAUAUAGAAAAAAUACCAGCUUGAGUUCAUGUGCUUGUUAACAUCAUAUUGUUCGAGAUGAUAACUUAUCACAUAUUCCCAUCUGCACCAUAAAAAUUCUCAUCAAUUUUUUCAAAGAAAUCUCUUCAUUUCAUUUCAGGAGGAGGGCGUGCGACAAGUCUACGACAUCUUCAGCUCUGACCCUGUGGAUCCAGCGGUCAAAAAGUCAGCUGGAGACCAACUUGCCAUCAUGAUGAAAGGUAGCUUUACCUCAGAGGAGGUUGUCUAUUUUAAUAAUAAUUUGUUUGUUGAUGCACCAGCUACAAGUUUAUUUUAAAACUUUUCAGAUCCUCACCUGCAUGCAGUCUUUAAGUCCAGGGGCGGGGUGGAGAUGGUGUGCUCUAUAAUACAAAAGUCUGUAUUAAAACCAGGCCAAGACCAAAAACUGCAGGUAACCUCGACCUCUUACCUAAGUACUUUUUUCUAGGUUUAUCUAACAAUACUGGUUCUGGGGAAUAUCCUACAUCAAUUAAAACCGAUUAGCUCACAAAGACCAACCAAUCAAAUUCAUCUAAAGUAUUCACCUCACAGAAAAUGACCAAUGUCCGAUCCAUUAAAAUGCCAUAUUUUUAUCACCAGGAUGAUGCAAGCCCCUACCUGCCAGCUUGUCUCUCCAUCCUUCAUAGUCUGACUCAUCACGAUUAUUCCCUUCGACACACCCUGGCAAGGGACCAUACCCUGUAUACCGAUCUGCUGCGAGGUAAUGCUCUUCAUCCAGCCACAUUCUUCCAAACUGAUUGCUUGUGAUUUCAUUAAAGAAUAUUAUGAAUAACUGUGUCAAUAUCCUGCUCUAUAUAUAUUACAAUAUCAAUCCUUACCAAAAACAAUUACUUGCUAGGAAUGUGUUAAAAAAAUUAUGAGUUUGAAUUUUAUUAUUUUUAUCUAAUCCAUUUGAUGGAAUCCGUGCCAUAGUCCUGUUAGCACUCUGAUUGUUUUACUGUAGUGAUUAUCUGAUGGACAGUCUCAUUUAUUCUAUUUAAGCAUUGUUAGUUAGAAAUGUACCCAUCCACUGCAUCCAUAUAUCCAUUCACAUGCAUCCACAGUGAGUCUACUCAACCAGGCGGAUGAGCAGCUAAAGAUAGACACGUCUCACAUCUUGACACUGCUUCUGUUUGAUGAGGUGGCAAAGUUUGAUGUUGGGUAUGUUGAGUAUAUGGUGGGUAUGUUUAGUAUAUGGUGGGUAUGUUUAGUAUAUAGAGGGUAUGUUUAGUAUAUAGAGGGUAUGUUUAGUAAAUGGUGGAAUGUUUAGUAAAUGGUGGGUACGUUUAGUAAAUGGUGGGUACGUUUAGUAAAUGGUGGUAUGUUUAGUAAAUGGUGGGUAUGUUUAGUAAAUGGUGGGUAUGUUUAGUAAAUGGUGGGUUUGUUGAGUAAAUGGUGGGUAUGUUUAGUAAAUGGUGGGUAUGUUUAGUAAAUUAUGGGUAUGUUUAGAAAAUGGUGGGUAUAUUUAGUAAAUGGUGGUAUGUUUAGUAAAUGGUGAGUAUGUUUAGUAAAUGGUGAGUAUGUUUAGUAAAUGAUGGGUAUAUUUAGUAAAUGGUGGGUAUGUUUAGUAAAUGGUGGGUAUAUUUAGUAAAUGGUGGGUAUGUUUAGUAAAUGGUGAGUAUGUUUAGUAAAUGAUGGGUAUGUUUAGUAAAUGGUGGUAUGUUUAGUAAAUGGUGGGUAUGUUUAGUAAAUGGUGAGUAUAUUUAGUAAAUGGUGGGUAUGUUUAGUAAAUGGUGAGUAUGUUUAGUAAAUGAUGGGUAUGUUUAGUAAAUGGUGGGUAUAUUUAGUAAAUGGUGGGUAUGUUUAGUAAAUGGUGAGUAUGUUUAGUAAAUGGUGGGUAUGUUUAGUAAAUGGUGAGUAUGUUUAGUAAAUGGUGAGUAUGUUUAGUAAAUGGUCGGUAUGUUUAGUUUAGUAAUUUUCAUCUAAUUAAGGUACUGACCAAACAAAAGAAACCAACCAUUUAUACGCAAAAUAAUUUUAUUAUUUUUCUAAUUUUAAAAAAAUUGUUUAAACAUCCCAACCUGCAUGUGUUAUUAGUGCAAAGCCUGGCUACAUUCCAAUCUUCAUGUAUCAAUUAGUAGUUCAAUUUGUGGAGACAUUUCUUUGGACUGCGUUUUGAUGUUUAUCUUCAAAUUCAAUUCAUCUGCUUUUUUCUCCCUUGCUCAAAUAACAUAAUGGUAUCUUUAUACAUCUUUAUAUUUAUUUAUUUAUUAUACUUUACAAAUUUAAGUAAAAUAUAAUUUGCUAGUUGUAUAUAUAUUGUGAUUAUAGUCCUAUGCAAUGUUUUAUCUUCAAUCAAUGACUUUUUAGAAUAAUUAAACCUUAAACAACCUUCAUGAAUAAGAAAGAAUAAUAUCUAAAAAAACAAUUUUUUUUCCUUUAAAGAUGAAAUUUGAUUGCCUAUUGAAGUAUGUUUAAUGGGCUGUACAUCUGCAUAAUUUUUAAUAAACUUAAAGAGAGGGUUGGAAAGCUACCCCAAUAGGCACAAGCGUCAGAGCUAGACAGGUGUCGAUAAACACUUGUAAGCCGCGGAACGCAGUCGAAAAUACUGAAAGGAUUGUUUGUUUUUGAUGAUGUGCACACCCAUUUUAGGUAUGGGAAGUUGGGUGGAAAAAAAAAAUCUUUGUAUCUAGUCAUUUAUUCCUUUUUUAUUUUCUUUUAAGUUUUGGAUAAAAUACUUGAACAACUUUUUGAAGCUUCUGUGCAAAAGUAACGGACGUAGGUGUUUCGUUUUUUUUCCCCAUACAGAUUUGGUCAGUCCCAGACUCCAGGAACAAAGUUUAGUCUUCCUGCUCAGGUCAUUCAAAGGUACGAUGGGUCAGGUCAUUCAAUGGUAUGAUGGGGUCUGGUCAUUCAAAGGUAUGAUUGGUCAGGUCAUUCAGUGGUACCAUCUUUAUGGUCCUGUAACCAGCAUUCAUGUUUGGUGGCUACUUUGAUGAGGCAAAUAUUUUAUUUUUCAGGUAAAUGGGUGAUCAUUUGCCAAACUUUUGUUUUAAACAAAAUUUGUGGAUAUAGCACUUUGUGCAAAGUAAAAGAUAGUCAUAGAAUUAAGUUAUUUAUAGACAAAAAUGGAAUCUUGACAUGUUUUAUUAAUUAUCUAUUAAUAUUUCCACAACCAUUUUGUUUAAUAAAAGACAUGGCCACCAUGUGAUAACAUGUUCAAUGUCCAGAUUCAGUCAGUCAGUUAACUUCUCAUCUGCCAUUCUAAAUUGCAAAUAUCCAUUCCAACUGCAGGUACCGCCUCCCCUUCAAGCCCAACUGUCAUCACAUCAGCAGCCCAAGCGCUGUAACUCUGCCUGACCCCAGCAAAGACAUCAUGGUGACCAGCGGCCCAAGAGAGAUGAUGAAAAUUGCCUGGAACUGUGCCUGGCAAGGAGGACUUGACGCUCUCCUGGAAUCAUUCGAAACCGGCCUGGUCUCUGCAACCAACAAUGAGUCAGUACUUUGGUGCGGCUAUGAUAAUCCACCUUUUAAGCCUUGCUGUCUUUCAACUAUUACAAAUUAAAAUAUGUUGUUUUUUUAUAGAAAUUUUCUAAAUUAUAUUGGGGUGGGGGUUUCCCCAUUAUGUCUAUGUAUGGGCUUACAUUGUUUCUAUGUAUGGGCUUACAUUAUGUCUAUGUAUGGGCUUACAUUGUUUCUAUGUAUGGGCUUACAUUAUGUCUAUGUAUUGGCUGACAUUAUGUCUAUGGGCUUCCAUAUAUAGGUUUGGAUCAUUAAGCUUAAAACUUAUGUCUACAGGCUUCCGUUAUGUAUAUGGGUUUCAAUAUAUAGGUUCUGAAACUGACCCGCCUAUAUUUUGCAUAUAAAUAAGAAAAAGAUUGCCUGCUGCGAUUGUAUUCUUAUUGUGUAGAGAUUAACUAAAGAUUACACAGUAUGUGCUCCUUCUCUACCCCCAAACGCAACUUCUGAAUUUAGUUUUUUGUGGCACACAUAAUGUUGACUAUUGGCCAGCCACAGCUGACUCUCUUUAAGUUAUGCCUUGACCCUCUGUAACAGGUCAUAAACCACACAUGUGAGAAGAAUAAAAGGAACAAUUUCUCUUUAUGGAAAAAUGAAAUAGAGGGAUGUUUUUUUGGUGUAGAUUUCCCUUGCUUAAUUUAAGACAGUCUGAUUCCAUCUUUGAUUUUGUCCAGGUUCAGUGUAGAGAACUCUUUGAUUGCCCUUGCUUAAUUUAAGACAGUCUGAUUCCAUCUUUGAUUUUGUCCAGGUUCAGUGACGUGCUGGCAUUGACGCGUGUCGAGCGUGUUGUGCUUGAAACUUCCAGCGUGUCAUGGAGCAUGUGCUCUAACAUCAGGUCAAUCCAGGAGGCAUCAUCGCACGCCUCUGUGAUUGCUGCCCUUGACAGGAUGUUGUCCUACACUACAGCUCUCAAGAUGGCGUCCAUGGUGCAGUUCUUCUCAAGCCAUGAGUGGUAUCUAGUCCUGGAAAAGUAAGAAAUUACUGAAGUAUGAAUAGUGGAAAUAUUGCCAUCCCCACAGUGAAUACUAUUGAAGAAUCAGAACUUUGAAUGUCAUGAGCUUAUAAUUAUAAUAAUUGUAUUAUUAGAAAGUGCUCAUAAUUCUUUUUUUUAUAUUUUUUUUAUUUCUAUUUAUUUUUUAAUUUAAAACAUUUUUGUUGCAGAUUUAAAAUUCAAUGUUUAAAAUGACAUUUUAAUUCUUUUAAACAUUUCUUUUUUCAAAGUUUUUCAUAAAUUUCUUUAAAGAAAACCAUCAGCAAACAUUUGAGAAUCUUGAUUCUCUUAACUAAACCUGCCCACUUAAAUAAUGCACAAAAUGAAAAUAUAUUUUGUAUAUUUUGUUCCUCCUUCGCAUGCGAAGAUGACCAAGGCUUUGACUUGAGUAGCAGCCUUGACCUUGACUUGAGCUGUAUUUGUUAUAAAUGAAGGAGAGUUGCUCAAUCUAUCGGCCUCACUCUCUCGGCCUUGCCUAUUUGAUGCAAUGGCAGGACUUAGUUAAGAGUACUGAAAAAUAGACCAGGAUGCAGCAGAUGACCAGCAGUGUGUUUGUGUGUGUGUGUGUUCCAGUGUGCUCUUUAUGCAUUCUACGUCGCAGGAGUUGCCGGAAUGUUUCACUGUGCUCUUUAUGCAUUCUACGUCGCAGGAGUUGCCGGAAUGUUUCACUGUGCUCUUUAUGCAUUCUACGUCGCACGAGUUGCCGGAGUGUUUCAUUGUGUCAAUGUGGUGCUGCCUUUGGUUGACACGUCAAUCCACCCGGGAUGGGGGUGUUUUUGCUUGCCUAGGCUUUUGCCAGGGAUUGAACUCUAGGCCUCAAGCUUGGGGUCGAGUCAGCUUGGGGUCGACUUUGCUUGGGGUCGGCUCGGCUUGGGGUUGACUCAGCUUGGCCACCCAGCACCAUAUUCGAAAUAUAUAUAUGACAAUAUAAACAUAUAUACGUGACACCGAGCAAAGUAUAAACAGAAUUGAAUGUGUAUAUUAGAAAGACAGAUGAUCUAUAAAUAUUGCUGCAUCAUGUCUUUAUAUUGGGCGAUUUCAAAUGUAAGCUAAUGUUUUAACUCACUUUUGUGUGUCCUUGACCUAGGUUUAUGAUGGUGACCCCCGCAUCCGUGUCCGACCAGUCUCUCCUCCUGCACAUCCUUCGGUUUAUCAGCUCUGCCUUUCAGUACUUGAAACCACACCCCUUGUCGCCCGGCCCCGCCCUUGUUUGGUUGGUCAACAAGCUGCAUCAACCCAACGGACCGCUGGUGAAUUUGCUGAACACACCAACGUCUGGAGCGGAUUCUGCACUUCCCAGUAUCAAGAGGUAACCAUGUUUAAAGACACACAUUGUCAAAUGCAGUCAUGAGAUUCAUUUAGCAGAUUAUUUUUUGUCUCCACCAAUAAAUAUGUGAAGCUUUAAUUUAUGCAUUCAAGAUUAUCCUAAAAACAAUAAAAUUAUGCAAUUCUCUGAAAAUUCUGCUAAUAAAUGUUGGGGUUGCAUGAGGGAAACUGAAGAGAUGGUAUUCUUAUGAUGUCAGGUUGCUGAGAAAUGACUGACGGCAAUUCACACAAAAUGUUGUUUUUUGUCAAACAUAGACACUUUGGUGUUUUUUUUAAAUUUUAGUUUCGUAUCUUGUCCCACUUCUGCCAUUACCCCAAUGCAGGCUUUUAAAACUUUUGAACUAACUUUGUUAAAGUCCACCCUCAUAACAUGUUUUAAAAAAGAUUAAUUCAUGUGUCUUACUCCAAGUGUUUAUUUUAUCAUUGCAGAAGUUUGAACAAAGAGUUACUGCAUUAUUUGACCAGUUUAAACUUGACCCUCCCCUACCAGCUGAGUCUCAGGUCAGAUUACGGCAUUAGUUCAAUCAUAAGUGCAAUAUGAGUUUCAGAUCAGAUUACAGCAUUAGUUCAAUCAUAAGUCCAAUAUGAGUUUCAGAACAGAUUACAGCAUUAGUUCAAUCAUAAGUCCAAUAUGAGUUUCAGGUCAGAUUACAGCAUUUGUAGGAAAUAGUAGGAAAUAGGAAAUAUCAGUUAAAAUUUUUGUUUGUUCUCCCAAAUUCACAAAAGGAUUCUUUCAAAUAUAAUAUUGUGCAGAAAGUUCAAAGGUCAGCUACAUUUUAUAGUUUUUAAUAAUUGGAGAUACUGAGCAAGAGUGUAACUGAAGUCUCUUGUAAAUAAAAUAAGGAAGAAGUUACUCAAAUUAUUCAGCAUGUCCCGUCAUAGAUUUUAAAAAUAUCUUCUUUUUUUUUUCUGAAAUUAUUUAUGGUUUCUUAAAGUAACAUUUGUAUCGCACGUCCAGACUGAAGCCUGUCCAGAUGAGAGGAGAUUUAGUGAGGGCCUUACAGAGAGGACUCAACAUUACAGACGCCCCGCACUUCUACAAUUUGGCGACAUUAGAGGGAAAUCUGGCCUGCCUCAUGCACGUCACAGCCAGGUCAGCCUGGGGUUAAAGAAGUUAAUUACUAGGCACUAAAACAAACACGCGCGCACACAACCGCACAUAUAGAGACAUGAAAUGUUAGCACUCCACGCCAUGUUUUCUGUUGUUUUGAAUUUUGGUCAACAUUUUAACUCUUAUCAAAAAAGUCUUGGGUACAAAUUAAUCCUAACACAUAAAAGAGGAGCAAUUAAAUUAGAGUAUUUUGUGAUAAUGUCUUGUAUUUUCAGACCAGGCUGGAGCCGAGAGACUUCGAGUUUGGACGCCGCGUCAUUGUGUAAUCAACUGCUCAACAGUUUGCUAGAGGUAAAUCUGUGAUUUCUUUCCCUUUGCUGUGGUUGACAUCCAGGUGUUGUAAUUUUGCUUCACCACUGACAUGAUUGGGAUCAUUCAUUUAUGUUUCUUUUGUAUUCAUUCAAGGGGGAGAUUCGUGUAAAAAAAAAAUUGGAAAAUUGAAGAAAAAAAAAAAUUCAACCAAAAAAAAAAUGAUUGAAUUAUGUAUUUGAACAUCUGAUGGAGACAUGUUUGCGAAACUUAUUAUUGUUAAUAAAAAGUCAAAAUAUGUUAUUUAACUUUUUUAAAAUGAUAACUAUAGAAUAACAGCUGUGCUUUGCAGAAGGCACAAAUGUCACACUGCAUGAAAAUCAGUCUUGUUCUUAUGUUAAUAUCCAUAUUUUGUCAUCGGUCGCUUUUAUGAUUGUUAUUUUGUGUGUCGACCGAUCAGGUUGUCUGGUCAUUUCACAUCGGCAGAGGUGGCACCUCUCGGUCCUACAUGGGUAAAGGUGUCACCAAGUCCAGUACCCUGUGCCUGAGACACCUGGCCUAUGAGAUGAUAAGUAACACAGAGGACCAGGUAUUCAACUCACCUUUUUAAUGGGACUUGACUCAUUUGAUUCAUUGCCCCUAUUAUCGUGCCCUUUGCCCUCGUUAAUUUGCAUAUCAGCAGCCAUUAUUUCUUUUCUCUAAAAUUAGUUUUAAUAUGCAUUUAUAUGCCUAUGUUUUUAUGUUUGUUUGUUGAACUUUGACCUUUGGAUCCACUAACAACUGCUGGCCGUUGUUCUCAGGAGUGGGCCAAGAGCUGGCUGUACACAAGACAGGAGCCAAACGGUGGGACUGACCAUGGCCUAAACUGGCUGUUGACACUGUGGGCAUAUAGAGAUUCAGAGGUCAGACGCUAACCAGUAUGGAGUACAAGGCUGUAGAAAAAGGGGGGGGGGGGGGCAGUCACUUUUGCAAACAGCUGUUGUGUUUUUAACAAAAAUUUCUCAAUGAAGGUUUUCUUCAUGGCGGACAUAUAAAGAAAAAAAAUACACUGAAGUAAAAUCGGCUCACAAAUAAUAUAACAAGUUUUAAAAUAUUUACACUGUACCUAAAAUUUAGAUAAACGGUGGGACUGACCAUGGCUUAAACGGGCUGUUGACACUGUGGGGAUAUAGAGAUUCAGAGGUCAGACGCUAACCAGUAUGGAGUACAAGGCUGUAGAAAAAGGGGGGGGGGGGUGCAGUCACUUUUGCAAACAGCUGUUGUGUUUUUAACAAAAAUUUCUCAAUGAAGGUUUUCUUCAUGGCGGACAUAUAAAGAAAAAAAAUACACUGAAAGUAAAUCGGCUCACAAAUAAUAUAACAAGUUUUAAAAUAUUUACACUGUACCUAAAAUUUAGAAUUUAUCAGUUAAUGACAAUGUAAUAAAUUCCAUUCUGGAAUUAAUAAAUCGUUAAACUUUGUUUAAUUUGCUGUAAUUGGUCAAGCUAUCAAUAUUAUUUUUUUCUCCCUCUGUCAUCAUUGUUUUAGGUAAGGGCUGCUGGCCUUGGCAUUGCUGUGGCCUUGACCUCUACUGAAGCUGGUCGUCUGCUUGUAACUGCCAACUGUAAGCACAUCCCUGGCGGUCUGUGGGGAGCAGCGUUCAGCAUCUUGCUGGACCCGGAGGAAUGUUGCAUGGUCCGCCAGCAGGUAGCCUCCUCCUUGUGAUUCCAUUUAGAUACACAUGGGUCUUCUGGUUUUUUAUUUUCCAUCAGCACAAGACACCCACUCCAGCAGACCUCUCAAAGUGGGACAUCACGCGGUAGCUCCCCAGGUUCCCAUAUUGUUAAUCAAGAAAUGGUGUUAACUGAGGCCAGAAGUUCGCUUCUGCAUUCAUUCUUCCUAUACCCUAUUGGCGCACAUCUGUUUUUCUUAAUCUUGAAUAAGCGGAUGAAGAUUUGUCGCAUUUCACUGUGACCUUUGCCAUGUAGAAAACUGUAUGUUAAACAAAACAAGAAAAAUCAUCCUUCUAAAUACAUGCAACCAGCAGAUAAAUGUAUUUGCUGGUUAUUUUUAACAUGACUUCAAUGAUCACGGGGUCAUCUUUAAAAUAUGUACACAAAAAAAAUUUCUGUGUUCCCUAUGGGCCGUACUUCAAACUUAUGUCCUUUACUAUUGUGCUUGUUGCAAUAAUGAUGGCAGUGGUUUAAUGUCAGCGUUUGGCAUAAAAUCUUGCUUAAAUUCCCAGUUUAUAUUUUUUUUACCUAUGCCAUCGCCUGUAAAUCUGGUCACAGUUUUUAAUGUUAGUGUCCACAUAAAUCAGCUGAUUCAUUGUCAUGCCAGGCUGCCUUGUUGCUAGUCAACUUGACCGCACAGCCCAUGCCAAGUGGAGAUGUGGAGACAACUCCUGGUACAUGGCAAGGACCACUGGUAAUAGACCCUGAUUAUCAGGUCAGUAAAUGUUGUUGUUUUUUCUGUGUGUAGAAAGACUAACGCACUGGUAAAGAAAUAAUAAUUCUCUGUGUGUAGAAAUACCUAUGGCUCUGUUUAAAGAAAAAUCAAAUUCUCUGUGUGUAGAUGUGCCAACUCUGUGUGAAGUUGUGCCAACUCUGUGUGGAGAUGUGCCAACUCUGUGUGUAGAUGUGCCAACUCUGUGUGUAGAUGUGCCAACUCUGUGUGAAGUUGUGCCAACUCUGUGUGGAGAUGUGCCAACUCUGUGUGUAGAUGUGCCAACUCUGUGUGUAGAUGUGCCAACUCUGUGUGUAGAUGUGCCAACUCUGUGUGUAGAUGUGCCAACUCUGUGUGAAGUUGUGCCAACUCUGUGUGUAGAUGUGCCAACUCUGUGUGUAGAUGUGCCAACUCUGUGUGUAGAUGUGCCAACUCUGUGUGUAGAUGUGCCAACUCUGUGUGUAGAUGUGCCAACUCUGUGUGUAGAUGUGCCAACUCUGUGUGUAGAUGUGCCAACUCUGUGUGUAGAUGUGCCAACUCUGUGUGUAGAUGUGCCAACUCUGUGUGUAGAUGUGCCAACUCUGUGUGAAGUUGUGCCAACUCAGUGUGUAGAUGUGCCAACUCUGUGUGUAGAUGUGCCAACUCUGUGUGUAGAUGUGCCAACUCUGUGUGUAGAUGUGCCAACUCUUUGGACAUGAACUGACAAUAGUUGUUGAAAGUUCAAGGCUGAUCAGAACAUGUUGAUUUUAUGAACUCUUUUUGUCUUCAUUGUCUGGCACUCGAUGCUGAUCAGUACAUGUUGCUUCCCCCCCCCCCUCAUCUGUUGUCAUUGUACAUCUCUAUGUUGUCAUUUCUCUGUGUUGUCAUUGUCCUCUCCCUGUGUUAUCCACUAAUUGUGUUGUCAUUGUCCUCUUUCCGUGUUUUCAUUGUCCUCUUUCGGUUUUGUCAUUGUCCUCUUUCCAUGUUGUCAUUGUCCUCUCCCUGUGUUGUCACUGUCCUCGCUGUGUGUUGUCAUUGCCUUCACUGUGUUGUGAUUGCCCUGUCUCUAUGUUUCCAUUGUCCUCCCUCUGUGUUGUCCUCGCUGUGUUUAUGUGUAUAAAGCUUUCACAUAUGGUUUCUCACAGCUGAUGUUAAUCGGGACCAAUGCACUGGUCGCCCUCCUUGACCACACCAACUUCUACGCCAGCCUCGCCGACCUCUUGAACUCCCUGUACACAUCCUCCCUGGUCCAGCCCGUCCUGGCCACCACCGUUAUCUCCAAGAUGAUGGAGUCCUCGUUGGACAUCUCUGUGUCCAGUGGUAAGCCCAUCCGAUCAUGUACCAUUCAUGCUGUUAGCUGCCAGUAUCCCAGCCAUUAUGUCAUGGAAAGGGAGAUCACCCCAUCUACAGCUUACUUCAAUGUUAUAGUGCUGCCUAUGCCUGGGCCUAUUUUUUUGUUUUCGUGGUAGAGCUAUUUUUAGUCACUGUCACCAGUCUCCCUCUAGUAUGGCCUUGAUCUUGAUGUCAGCGCGUACAUGUGCCGUGUCAUUCCUUACCCACCCCUGCCUUGACAGGGAAAAGGUUGUUUAUGUUCAAAUGUGUUCUUUUUGUUCUAAAGAAUGCCAUCAUGUGGCACAAUUAAUAGAAUUUCUUUACCAGAUCGUUCUGAUGACAUCCCUAUAUAUAUAUAUGCCCGCAGAUUUCUUAGCAGAGGUAGAGUGAGAGAGAGAUAUUUGUGUUUGUUAAGUAAUAUUAGUAUAUUUGAGGAGUGUACCUUUUCACUUGCUGUGCUGUAAGUUGAUAUAGUUUUUUUGUUGUUUUUUUUCGUUUCUGUAUUUGAAUUUUUUUAUUGAUAAAAAAUUUAAUAGUGUAAUUAAACUGAAUAUUGUUAGUAUCACUAGCAGCUUUGGUAUCGUUUUCUGCAUAUACUGUUUUUCUCAGUCCAUUGUUGCGUAUUGUUUAUUCUACAAGCCAAAUCUUAAAAGAGAUUAAAUUUUCAAAACCAUAGCGUUUGUAACAUCAAUCAUGUGAGAUGCCUGUCUCAACAUACAGAUAAACUCAUUCAUUCCAUCAUGUCAGAUGCGUAUCUCAACAUACAGAUAAACUCAUUCAUUCCAUCAUGUCGGAUGCAUAUCUCAACAUACAGAUUAACUCUUAUCAUUCCAUCAUGUCAGAUGCUUGUCUCAACAUACAGAUUAACUCUUAUUGUUCCAUCAUGCACCUGUAACAAGUUUAACCCCAUAGUGCUGUAUGGUUUCAUUGCCUUUGUUUGAAUGUCUUGUUAUGAACUGAGAUCUGUUGAAAUACUUUUCUUCUAGAUACAACCGGUGGAGACAAGACCGGGUGGACGACGGGGCUAACGAGUGUCUCCAGCUGGUCAACAAACCCCACAGGGAACCCCACCCCAAACCUCACACCACGAUCCAGGGUCAGUCUCUUAGGUUUAAUUUCAGCUUUGUUUUACUGUCACGUUCCCUCCAGCAUCACAUGGGCGGCACACUCCAUCUUCACGGGCGGCACACUCCUUCUUCAUCAUUUACCAUCUUUACCACAUAACAUCAACACCACUUUCCAUCUUCACCACAUUACAUUUUCACCAGAUACCAUCUGCACCACAUACCAUCUUCAACCUUUCUUUUUCACCAAGUUUUUCUUAUUAACUCUUUUUUCUGCAACGAUUGAUGUGCCGUCGGGGUUUGGCUCUACAACAAUCAUAACCAGAUCAUCUAGCACCAAUAGUUGGGACAUCUGUCCACUGAGAUCCACCCAUCAGUUCAGUUUUGUUUUGUCCUCAGGUGACACUUUCCACUGACCACAGCAAGUUGUCCAGUCGAGAUAACACGCUGAGCACCUCAACCAACACCGAUACCUCUCAUGGAGUGGACGGUCAGUGCAAAUAUUACAGUACUGUAACAUUAAACAUGACAAUAGUCACAAUGACCUACAGUAGUUAAGCUCAGUCAAUAAAUCUUAUCAUAGCUUUUUCCAACCAUUCUAUAAUGAGAUGACAUAAUUAACUAUUUCCACACAUUCUAUAAAGAGAUGUACCUAACAAACUGUUUCCAACCAUUCUAUAAAGAGAUUCACCUAGUAAACUGUUUCCAACCAUUCUAUAAAGAGAUCCUUUCACACCCCCCCCCCUUUUUCCCCUUUUUCCCCCUUUUCUUUUUACAUUGCCCUUGUAAAAUUUUGUUGUUUAAGUUCAAUAAAGAAGUCAAUGCCCUUUUUCUAUCUUUUUUUUUUUUAUAAUUUUUUUAUUUGUGGUCACCACACUUCAUUGGUCAAGACUAUCAUACGCUGGCAUUUGAGUCCACUGUAAUGAUUUAUUAUUUGCCCUGUGGGGAGGGGAGUUUAAGCAUAUCUCCUCCCACUAUGCCAUUGACAUGACCCAGCCAUUCCAGUAACUGCAACAAUUCUGUGACAGGCGGGGCAUACAAUCCUCAAGGACAACCAGCCCCCAAUCAGAACUUGGCCACUCCCAGUCUCAUCUCCUCAAUGGUCAAACUCUUGGUCAACGUCCUGAACUUGACCCCUCACACGUGCCUGGACAAGAUUAGAGCUCACUCCAUCUUAACCUCUCUGAUCAGGUGAGUGGUCUGAAUGACCUACUUUGAUAGGUGUCUGAAUGACAUACUUUGAUAGGUGUCAGAGGAGGUGAGUUGUCUGAAUGACAUACUCUCAUAGCUGUUUGAAUGGCAUACUCUCAUAGUUGUCUGAAUGACAUACGCUGAUAAAUGUUUUCAGAGAAACACCUUAAAGGUCAGUAACAGAAUGUCAGUAUUUUAUGAUCUAACGGUUUUUGAAAGGCGGACAAACAAUAUUUAAAUUUAAAGUCAUGUAAAUUUCCAGUACCUGAUUUAAAAAAACAGGCAGGUUUACCAUUCGCUAAGAGCUUUUUAAGAAAAUAUCAUAUACAACUUCUCUCAAUGUUUUCCUGCACAAAAUUUUAAAUAUUAUUUUCUUUCAAGAACCCAAUUCGAACUGCACUUGCCAUUUCUUACCUGGGAUAUUAUGCCUUGGUAGUAAAACAGAUAUGUGUACAGUUGAAAUGAUGAGAGCCUAGGUUGGAUUGGUUUAAUAUAAUGUCAUUGUGGUGUUUAAGAGGAUCAGUUAAAACAGAAAUCAGAUAAUUGUAUGCCAAUGUAAAAUAUCAGCUAAUAAUUAUCAACUAAUAAAUAUCAACUAGUAAAUAUUACCUAAUAAAUAAGAAUGUAUAAUAUCAUCUAAUAAAUAUCAUCUAAUAAAUAUCCUCUAAUAAAUAUCAAUUAAUAAAUAUCAUUUAAAAAAUAUCAACAAAUAACUAUCAAAUGAUCUAAUGAAAUCGUCCAGUACCAUCAACCCUGGAACCAUUCACCAGCUUUGUGAUGAGAUGUCCAGAGGCCGGACAGGGUCAGCCAGUGCCCUGACUCUUAUUGACCUCUUGCGGAUGUAUGAAUCCGUCGCUGACCUUCUGACAGCUUGCGUCAUCAACGACACAAACUCCAGGCUGGAGGUCUUGGGAAAUGAAACAGGGCUGAAGUCUCUGACCUCGUUGGUUGUGCUGCAGUGGCAAGGUCAGAACAUUUGUAUCUCGUAUGUGUUUGAGGAUAGUGUAGGGCAGGCAAAUUUUUAAACCCCUUCUGCCAAAAUCCGUACUUGUUUCCUUCAUCGAAUUCUUUAACAAUUUAUUCAUACAUCGUAGACGCACCAAAUUGAAUGUAAGUGCUUUUCCAAUAGCCAUGUAAACUUUAAUCCAGAAAACAUAUCUCUCAGGCUGCACAUUUAAUCAAGCACAUGUAUAAUGCAGCUCACUGUAAGAAAGACAAUAAUGUACAACCAUCCGCUUCUAGGAUCUUUCUUCAACUGCCCAACCAAAAAUGCACCUACAAAGACAGUCCUACUGUUCUCAACCUGUGGGUCGCGACCCUUUUGGGGGUCCAACGACCCUUACACAGGGGUCACCUAAGACCAUCAGAAAACACAUAUUUAUGAAGUUGCAAAGAAAAUAAUUUUAUGGUUGUGGGGGGGUCACCACAACAUGAGGAACUGUAUUGAAGGGUCGCCGCAUUAGGAAAGUUGAGAAUCACUGGUCUAGACACUCGAUCAUGGGGCUUGACUGGUUAUGAUCCUUUAAAUCUAUCUUCUCUUCACAACAUAUUUUGGAUUGGAAAUUUCUUCUUCAGAAAAAGAUGAUGUUGGCAAUGCGUUUGCCGGUGUGUCUGUGAGUGUGCUUAGACUCCUGUCCAGCCUGUUGCAGACGCACGAAGCCAAAGUGUUGUCCACCCUCACUGUUGUCCUGGGCCCCAUCUGGGCCCCUCUAGUUGGUAAGUGGACAUCUUCAUGAGCAGUGUCAAGAUGCUGUUCAAAACUUUUGACAUUUUUUUUCCCUUCUGGUACAAUUUUUGGAAGAACAUUUUUUUUAUUAUACAUUUUUUUUUAGUGUCACUCAUAGCAGCUUAACCCAGUGGUCGGCAAACUCAUGAGCCAAAAGAGCCAAAAAUCAGCAGCAGGAGAAUUUAAAAAAUUUUGAGAGCCAAAUUUCUUUUCAAGAACCAUGUUUUUUAGAGUCAAAACCAAUUGGUGGCCGACUGGCGGAGCCGCACGCAGGUCGUUAAAACAUAAAAUUUUUACUUUACCAUUUUGUUGAGAAGUUCCCGGCCUCAGUUUUUAAGGCCCCUGUUUGUGUCAGUUGUCAACAAGGUGUGAAAUGUUCCCCCAGAAUCCAUCUGCUCCAUGCUGGAUGACCACAGCGCCAACCGUCUGAUCCUGCACUCGUCCAGCUUGGACUUCUUGGCCCUGCUGUGCUGUGAAGAGAGCCGGCACUUGAAGAAGAACCCAGACAGGAUGAUGGAUGUGGCCACGAUCUCUGAGCUUUUUGAUGCCACACUGGGAUAUGGUAGGCCAGCAUUGACUUUUUAGUGUUUAAAACAAACACUUUUCAAGCAAAAUGCACUAGCUGAUAUGUUUAAUCUAUUCACUAUGAUGACAUACAAGCUGAUAUGUUAAAUCUAAUCACUCUAACAACAUAAAAGCUGAUAUUGAUUAAUCUAUUUACUCUGAAAAAAUAAAGUUAAUUUGUUGCUACUACUGCAAGUCGGCAGUUUGACAACUGGCAGUUUGACACCUGGCACUUUGACAUCUGACAGUUUGACACCUGGCAGUCUUGCUAGCUAUCUUAACCCCCAUCACCAUGGCCCUGUAUUUAUUAUUUCUGAAAAUCCCACCACCCCCCCCCCCCCCCUUGCUACUGUUGCAAGGCGGCAGUUUGACAACUGGCAGUUUGACACCUGGCACUUUUACAUCUGACAGUUUGACACCUGGCAGUCUUGCUAGCUAUCUUAACCCCCAUCCCCCUCGCCCUGUAUUUAUUAUUUCUGAAAAUCCCCCCCCCUCCCCCCGGCCAGUUUUCCCAGCUUUGCAACUAGUCAGAAUUUCGUAAUGUACGUUCUGCUAAUCUCUACGAAAGAAGGAAGCAAUAAAACCAAUUUAAAGGUUGACCAUGAAUGAGAAUAUGAUCAAAAUAUCUAACUUUUUCAAGAUCUCCACUAAAUGCACAUCUGAGAUGUGCUGUCAUUGUCCCAUCAUUCCAUCCAAAAGUCUAUUAAAUGUUGAUCCAUGAUGUGUUGUCAUUGUCCCAUCAUUCCAUCCAAAAGUCUAUUAAAUGUUGAUCCAUGAUGUGUUGUCAUUGUCCCAUCAUUCCAUCCAGAUGACACACCAGAGAAUGCCAAGGAAGAGAAAACAACAGGGAAAUUGGUCAGCAAAGUUUUAGUUGGACUGUUUGACACACUCACCAAAUCUGGACCUGAUGACAAGGGCGCUCGGGACAUGAACAGAAGGUUAAAGGUCGUCAGCGCCUUCAAGUCACUGCUAGCUGUGUCACAGUCGGCCAAAGAGUUCGCCUUGGAAGGUAAGCUUUGCAAUUCUUUAUGUUUAAAAAAAUUGUGUGUCUUUUGAUCCAAGAGCAAUAAGCUCAUUUUUAGGGAAAGACAAGAUCUCAUGAACUUGUGAAAUUUAUUUUUAGAAAUUAUAUAAACUCUCCAAACCAAAUGUUAAUGACCUACAACAGCAACUCUCAAAACCAAAUGUUAAUGACCUACAACAGCAACUCUCCAAACCAAAUAUUAAUGACCUACAACAGCAACUGUCCAGUUGAAAUGAGCUUGUUUUCAAUCUUUGUAAUCGCCAGCUGGACUGGUUGAGCUGACCACUGAACACAUCAAGCAAACUCACGCACAGCUGAACCUGGAGACACUGGACAUGGUCACAUCUGGGGGGAAAAAGGUUGGUCCAUAGUUGGUUCGUGGUUGGUCCACGGUUGGUCCACAGUGUUCUGGUUCCAAGUAAUGUGUUUCAACACUGAAGAUAAAAAUGAAUUUUCAAAAUGUAGUUUGAUUGUUUGGCUGUUAAGCCUUAUAAAACGUACGACUUUGUCUCUUGUUGUGAUGAAACUUGUAUACAUUAAGGAAUAUGAAAGGUGGCAUGAUUCAUCUCAUACCUUCCUAAAGUGAUAUAUGCUGUGACGGAGUGAUUAGAUUAAGGUGACCAAACGUCCCGUAAAAAUGGAGUUGUCACGUUUUUUUUUAACGAUUGUACCCGUUGUCCUGAAAAAGUCUCUCGGGAGGACGCUUAGGCGUCCCGUUUAUGUCCCGUUUUUUAAAACCAAACCCAUUUUCUAAUCACUUAAACUACCUAAUUUAUAGUUUAACUUCAAGUAUUAUUUGGGCUAGUUGUGUAGCUAGUGCCAGUAGUGAUGUGGGCUCGAGUGAUGGCUGCACUGUUCCCCCCUCCACCAGUGUCCCUGCCGCUAGAUCUUAUAUGUAAAUGUAUAGCGAAAGACACAAGACUUGAAGCUGCAAAGGGAGGGGGGGGCAUGUAGCUGUGCAGAAAACAAUUUUGAUUCCACUACCGCAACGUGUAAUGUGUUACUAUUAUGUGUGAUCCCUGCCGGCCGCCUGUUCGUGUCAGAGUGACAGGUGUUUGUUUUAGGUUUUGAACUUUAUUCUUUAAUUUUAUAUUAUCUUCUCAUUAGAACAAUCAUUAUGCCCAAGUGUCAAUGUAAGUUUAUGGCGGAGUAUUCCAAAGCGUGGAACUAUAUUAAAAAGGGACGCUAUGAAAGUGAAGCCGAGUGCACAGUUUGCAAUAAUGUUUUUAUUAGUGGUCAUGGUGGGCGUUCAGACAUAGAACAACACAUCACAUCAGUGAAACAUAUGACAGAGGAAAAGACUGAGUGCCCCAAGUAGAUUUCUAGGUUAGAUUUCAUAGUUAAAAUUAGCAUAUUUUCAAUAAACAGUUUCCGGCGGAGGCCUCCGGACCCCUCUUUAGCUGGAGGGUAUUCCGCCCCUCCCCUCGCGCCCCCAAAAAAUCGUUCUUGAAAGCGUCCUGUUUUUUACAAAUCAUGAUUUGGUCACUAGAUGUUUUUCACGGAGCACACCUUCAGAUUAAUGCCCACUGAUCCAUAUCUCUGUAAUUUCAGGAAGGUCCGUACUUACAAGAGUUGGUGAACAUGUUCGACUUCCUGCGUAAUUUUAUGUACAACAAUACGAGUGUCAAGGUAAUGGAUGAGAGGAGCAUUAAUUAUUUUCUAACUCUCAAAACAUUAGAAAAGUAAUGUCAUCACAGAUAAAAGUUAGAAAUGUACACCAGAGUUAGAAUUGUGCACCAGAGUUAGAACUGUGCACCAGAGUUAGAACUGUGCACCAGAGUUAGAACUGUGCACCAGAGUUAGAAAUGUGCACCAGAGUUAGCAAUGUACACCAUUGUUAGAAUUGUGUACCAGAGUUAGAACUGUGCACCAGAGUAGAACUGUGCACCAUUGUUAGAACUGUACACCAGAGUUAGAACUGUGCACCAUUGUUAGAACUGUAUAUCAGAGUUAGAAUUGUACACCAGAGUUAGAAUAGUACACCAGAGUUAGAACUGUGCACCAGAGUUAGAACUGUGCACCAGAGUUAGAACUGUGCACCAGAGUUAGAACUGUGCACCAGAUUUUCUUUUUAAAGACCAAAUAAUACUCUGCUAAAUUUUUUAAUCCAAUCGGGCAACUUUAUUUAAUGCUCUGCAUAGCCAGAUAAUUUUAUCUUAGAAGUUAAAACCCUUGAAGAGUCAAAGCAGUUAAAUUUGUUGCCAAAUAGUUGCAGCCUUCUGUUUUCUGGGCCAAGUCCACAUUGAUCAUGUCAUGCAACUCAUGUUCUGCAGGUUGCCUGCCACCGCAGCGGCAUCACCUUGGUCAUACAGAAGCUGUGGUCAUGGUGUCAGCAAGAACCCACCCUCCUGUCCAGUGUUCUGUCAUUCUUGAUAACUUACUCCGCCCAUUGCAACUCAGGUUCUUCUGCUGUUUUUAUUAUGAUUCUACGCCAUCUGAUUUGCUUUAUGUUCAAGUAAUAUUUCACUUCGAUAUAAAAUUUUGAAGGGAUACAACAUUUAUAUAUUUUUUUUUAAAAUCUAUUUAUUUUGAUUUAGACAUUUAAAAAAAAAAAAGGUUUACCUGUGAACUAUGAUAAGCAAAUGUUACAAUGGUGAGUUUUUAACAAAUCUUUUCCCGAUACAGCUGCUGGCUCACUUGCCUUGCCCAUCUCAGCUCAGACAGCCAGCCGUCCAGGUGGGCAGGGAACCCUCCUUCACUGCAUCCUAAAGUUGACCCAGAGAGAGUUGGACAGGGACGAGUGCUCGCCUGUCUUGAGGCUGACCUUUGCCCUCCUGACAAAUUUAGUCAUGAGUGCAGACUGUCGCCACAUUUUAUGGAAGGUGAGAACCCUCAAUUUUUAAAACUCAUGUAAAUUGUUUUUGGUCGCUGUUUGCAGCAAAUACUUCACGUUUUUGCUAAUUUUAUGCACUUUUUAGGGCAGGGAUCCUCAAACAUUUUAAUCAGGUAGGUCGUUCACUGCCCAGGAUAAUAGUCAACAAUAUUAUAUUACAAGAUUAUAGCAUGAUUGUAUAAACAAGUUACUAUACACACUUCACAAAUCUUAGUUGUAGAGCAACAAAAAAACAAACAAAAACAAAUACAUUUUAAAUUAAGAACAUUUGUCAUCAGCUUAAACUUAUUAGCAUAUCAAUGCGACGUGUGAACCUGCUUUUGGCUAAUGAGAUGGCCGAUGUCAGGUUCCUUGUUUAUAUUUGUACGGCGGACGGGGUUAAGGACCAUUGCAGGUUCGGAUCUGGUCCGUGGGCCACAGUUUGAGAAGCCCUGUGGUUAACCAAAGAAUUAAAUGAUUGCUCCAUAAUAUGGCAGCAGAUAAGCAGGAAAUAAUUGAGUGUUUUACAAUAAGUUACAUUGAAUUAUACUAUUUUCUUGUUCCACAAUUACCAAAAGCCAUCUGCUCAUUUGAUUUCAUCACAAUCUGGGCACUCAACUCGUUUUAUCUUUUGACUUAUAUUUUUAUAACAUAACUAAUAGCAAUUGUUUUAUCCAAAACAAAACUUUGCUACUUGUAACAACAGCUGUUAAUUAUAACAUUGAUGUGGUAUCAUUAUAAGAAUAUUGUCUAAUGUGGUUCUUCUUCUUGCGUUUGCUUAUUCAGCACUCCUAAUGAUAAUUCCAAUGCUUAUUGUAAAAAGCAUGAGGCCCAAUUCCAUGAAUCGCAUCAUAACAUAUUUAUUGAUGGAAUAUACACUUCGCAGAGUAUAAAAUAAAUCUCCUAAACUGGAGGAAACAUAACUGUCAUUGCCUUGUCACUUCAUGUACACAUAAUUAACUCAGAAUGCAAUAUACUUAUUACGGAUGUUCAGAGAUAUACACUUAAUGGGUGCAAGAACACAAAAAUCAAACUGCCAUGAUGGCCAUGUAUGAAUCACUUCCUGUCUUCUUGCACUUCUGCUCACGACAUAUUAAUACAUUUAACUUCCUGUUAAUUCCUAAAUUGUGAAAACAAUACAUCAUGUCAAUAUUUGAGCUGUUACACUGCUUAUACAUUUUUUUCUGGAAAACACUGUUAGCAUUAUAAUUAAUGUUUGCUCAACAGAAUAACUUUCUGAACCAGUUUUCCCGGCUAAACCCCAGGAGGACAAAAGGAAAAAUGCGAAUAGCAGUCGAUAUUUUAUGGUGUGAACUGUUCUCUGCGUUGUCAUUCAGCACAGACGGACAACAAAUUAUCCUCAAGACAUCAGGUCAGCAGCGUGAUUUUUGGGAAGAGCUAAGAUCAAAAAUAGCUUUAAAGUUAAUAUAAAUAUUUAUUGUCUGAGGGAUUUCAUUUCAUAAUUUACUCAUAAACUUAAGGAAAUUUGUAAAUGGUAAAAAAAAGUUCUUUCUUAAAAAAAAAAAUUGUAAAGUUAUUUUCUAUUCAAUCAGACGUUCUCACUGUUUUGAUGGACAUGAUGGAGGCAGGGCCCUCAAGAUGUCAGCACUGUGCUAUGCUAAUCGUUAGAAAUUUAUGUUGCCACGCCCCAAACAAGCCAAAAAUUCUGGCAGCCGGUAGGAACUACUCUUGCUAUCGUUUUUUGUUUUUUUCUGUUUAAAACUAACAUGGACGAGACAGAUGAGACAGACGAGACAGAUGAGACAGACGAGGCAGACCAGACAGACAAGGCAGACCAGACAGACGAGGCAGAUGAGACAGAUGAGACAGACGAGGCAGACCAGACAGACGAGACAGAUGAGACAGAUGAGACAGAUGAGGCAGAUGAGACAGAUGAGGCAGAUGAGACAGACGAGGCAGAUGAGACAGACGAGGCAGACCAGACAGACGAGGCAGAUGAGACAGACGAGGCAGACCAGACAGACGAGGCAGAUGAGACAGACGAGACAGACGAGGCAGAUGAGACAGAUGAGGCAGAUGAGACAGACGAGGCAGAUGAGACAGACGAGGCAGACCAGACAGACGAGGCAGAUGAGACAGACGAGGCAGAUGAGACAGAGGAGGCAGAUGAGACAGAUGAGACAGACGAGGCAGACGAGACAGACAAGGCAGACGAGACAGACGAGGCAGAUGAGACAGACGAGGCAGAUGAGACAGACGAGGCAGAUGAGACAGACAAGGCAGACCAGACAGACGAGGCAGAUGAGACAGACAAGGCAGACCAGACAGACGAGGCAGAUGAGACAGACGAGGCAGAUGAGACAGACGAGGCAGAUGAGACAGAUGAGACAGACAAGGCAGACCAGACAGACGAGGCAGAUGAGACAGACGAGGCAGAUGAGACAGACGAGGCAGAUGAGACAGAUGAGACAGACGAGACAGUCUCAAAAAGCUUAACUACUCAGACAAAAAUGAUAUAAUUAAUCAUCUUGGCACCCUCAAUAUUUAAAAAAGUAUUUACAACGUUUUACAUGAAGAAUCAAAAGCAAAACUCACAUGUUUGGACAAACACUGGAUUAAUCAAAGAUAGAAAAGAAACAAUUCAUUUCUAUAGUUUUCAAAUAUUUAUCAGGUUUUUUUUUUUAAAAUGUACAUGUAUUAUACAAAUUUCAGAUUUCUAGUUAACUUUUAAAUUUAAUUUAAGGCUGCAAUAUAUCUGAUCAUAACUUCCAAUUGAUAAUAGCUAUCGUUCGCUAUUAGACUAAAUUUUAUAAUUGUAUCUGCAGAUAAACUGAUCUCUGUGAUGAUGGGCCAGAUUGAGAAUAAGACAGAUAAAAAUAGACAGCUGGUUGCAUCGUCUGCUCUGUGGGCUCUGGUGCACAACAGUCACAAGGUGAUCACUUUCCUUUCAACUUUUUGUUCCACUUCCGCUUUGGUUUUUUUGUUUUGUUUUUUAAAUCUUUUAUUGUGCUCAAAGGAGUCUUCCUUUUAAUUAACUAUCAGGUCUAUGCUCAAAACUUUUAUCUGGGAAAAUAAUCCUAAAUGUGUUAUUAGAAUUUUUAAAAAUUCUUUUUGAAAUGAUGUUUUUUCAGUUAUACAUUGGAUGGGUGAAGUUGUUAUAUUAUUAUAUAUAAAUAUAUUACAAUAAAUAUUAUAAUACGUCAAACAGACGUGUUAGUGUUCAUUGAGUGUUAGCUAUAAUACAAUAAUUUAACAUGGUGGCAGCCAACUGAGACUAUGGCAGAAAGAAGUUGUUAUAAGGCUAGAGGCCUCCCCCCCCCCCCCCCCCCUCCCCCCCCCCCCAACCUUCUUUAAAUGUGAAGGAAGGGUGUGAGGAAUGGAAACUGUGGAAACAAAGGGGGAUGAACUAUUGCAUUGUAGCACAGGUCAACACAGAGGAUGAGGAAUAUAAAAAAGCUCUAUUCUUAAACACCAUAGGACCAGAGGGACUGACUAUUUACAAUGGCAUGCCUCUCAAAGAAAUUCAUAAUACACAGGACGUCAUAAAUGCAUUUGAUGACCAUUUCAUGGGAAGGAAAAAUGAGACAUCUGAAAGGUAUGUGUUUAAUAAUAGGAAGCAGAAAGCUGAUGAAACUUUUGAGGACUAUAUUGCACUAUUACGCACCUUAGCUGGAACGUGCAAUUUUUGCGACCAUAUGGAAGACUCUUUACUGAGAAACAGAAUCGUGGUGGGCAUAAAAGACAACAUAACUAGAAAAGCAUUAUUGCAAGAAAUGAAACUGACUCUGGCGACAUGUAUAGACAUAUGUCGAGCCCAAGAAGCAGCUAAUGUUCAAAUAAAAAUUUUAGAAGAGAACACGGUUCCAGGAGAGGAUGCAGCAGGUAGUCCGGACGAGGCCUUUGCUGUACUGUCUGGUAGGAGAAACACCAGAAGAUCAACACAGCUCAAAGUAACAAACGGUCCAAGUGUAAAUUUUGUGGACAGAUACACCUUUUCAAGAAAGAAUUGUGACCUGCAUGGGACAAACAAUGAACAAUCUGUAAGCUUAGAAACCAUUUUGCCAGCAAAUGCAACCAGAAGAAUUUGGGUGAAUGAAGAUAAUGAGGAAGACUACUCUUGAAAUGAGGAAACUGUACUUGCGGUGAACAGUAAACGACAUAGUAAGGUCAUAAAAGCUGAAAUGAUCAUUGGUGGGGAGAAGGCCAUGUGUCAGAUUGACUCAGGAGCCAGCGUUAAUGUGAUUCCGAGGAAGUUCAUAAAAACCGCAAAAGUUACUCCCACUACUACUAAACUCCGUGUUUAUCAUGGAAGCACACUCUUGCCGAUUGGAAAAGUAAAAUUAAUUGUUCAAAACCCCAGAACGAGAAAAAAAUACUGUGUUGAUUUCAAUGUUGUGAGAAAUAACCUGACCCCACUACUUGGAAAGAAAACUUCAGAAACAAUGGGGCAUAUUGACGUAUAUUACAAUAUUUUGGAAAGUGUCGAUAAGAUCGAUAAAAUAUCCAAGAAAUAAAGUUCUCCUAAAAUAUUUGAAAAUUUCAAGGAUGUUUUUAAUGAUCAGCAGGGAGACUUAACUGGAAUCGUAGACCUAGAGGUGAAUCCUGAGGUUACACCAGUUACCUGCCCAUCUGGGCGUGUGCCACUUGCAAUAGAAGCUAAAGUGAAAGCGGAAUUACAAUGAUUGACCAAAAGAGGUAUCAUCGAACCUGUUGACAAACCAACUGACUGGGUUAGUCGACUGGUGGUAGCCACAAAGAAAUCAGGAGAACACCGAAUAUGCUUGGAUCCUCGUCCUCUAAAUAGAGCACUUAAAAGAGAGUGUUUCGCUCUUCCCAUUAUGGAGGACAUAUUAACCAAAUUGUCCAGUGCCAAAUGGUUUUCUAAAUUGUACCUAGCUAAUGCUUACUGGCAUGUACAUCUUGAUGAGGAAUCAAGUCUACUAAACUACAUUUCAAACUCCUUUUGGGCGAUACAAAUGGAAUAGACUACCAUUUGGAACAUCUGUGAGCUCUGAGCUUUUUCAAAAAUGGCUUAAUGUUGCUCUUGAGGGACUUGAUGGAGUGAUAGGUGUCGCAGAUGAUAUCAUAGUGUAUGGUUCUGGCUACACAUUAGAAUCAGCGUCUUGUGAUCACGACAAGAACAUUAUUGCUUUGUUAGAAAGUUGGCGUUCUGUUGGAAUAAAGCUUAACAGGGGUAAGGCUGAAAUUAAAAUGAAGGAAAUUUCAUACCUGGGUCAUCGAAUCGCAGGUGAAGGUUUGAAAAUAGAUCCAGAGAAAGUAAGAGCUAUCAAGGAAAUGAAGAAACCAAUAGAUCCAGAGACAGUAAGAGCUAUCAAGGAAAUGAAGAAACCAAUAGAUCCAGAGACAGUAAGAGCUAUCAAGGAAAUGAAGAAACCAAUAGAGACAGUAAGAGCUAUCAAGGAAAUGAAGAAACCAAUAGAUCCAGAGACAGUAAGAGCUAUCAAGGAAAUGAAGAAACCAAUAGAUCCAGAGACAGUAAGAGCUAUCAAGGAAAUGAAGAAACCAAUAGAUCCAGAGACAGUAAGAGCUAUCAAGGAAAUGAAGAAACCAAGGAAUGUUGAAGAGGUAAGGCGUUUCUGUGGCUUUGUGAAUAAUCUCUGAAAGUUUCUUCCCAGACUAUCUGACACCCUUGAACCUAUUGGUCAACUACUACGUUGAGAUAUCCGGUGGUCAUGGUCUGAUAAGCAUGACACAGCCUUCUGUGAAGUGAAGUCCAUGGUGACAAAGGCUCCUGUGUUGGCAUUCUAUAAUCCCAGAAAAGAGGUAACAAUACAAUGUGAUUCGAGCCAAAAGAGACUUGGGGCUGUACUUGUGCAACAUGGUAAGCCCAUAUCCUACGCUGUCGGUCUCUGACUGACACCGAAACCAGAUAUGCACCGAUUGAAAAGGAAAUGCUAGCCAUUGUGUUUGCUCUAGAUAAGUUUCACCAAUAUACAUUCGGUCGGCACACUACGAUUGAAAGUGAUCAUAAGCCUUUGGAGGCAAUCAUAGCAAAACCUCUUUCAGCCGCUCCUCGUAGACUACAAGGAAUGAUGCUGAGAAUUCAAGAUUAUGAUAUAGAAGUGAAGUACAAAAAAGGAAAGGAGAUGCACCUUUCUGAUACACUAUCAAGGCCUACAUACAAUCAUCUGAGAGCAAUCAAGGUGAAUUUGAACAUAUAAAUAUGACCAGUUUUCUGUCCAUUCGUGAAGAAAAACUACGUAGACUGAAAGGAGAAACUGGAAAAGAUAACACCCUUCAAAGACUUAAAACUAUAAUUACUUCUGGCUGGCCUGAGGACACGCAUCUAUUGCAUGAUACACUAGCAACCUACUAUAGCUUCAGAGAUGAAAUGUCCAUUCAGGAUGGUCUGAUUUUCAAAGGUGAAGGGGUGGUAGUACCAGUGUUUAUAAGAUCAGAGUUGAAAAAGGCGAUCCAUUCAACCCACAUCGGCAUCGAAGGGUGUCUGAAAAGGUCACGUGAAAGUCUAUUCUGGCCAGGAAUGGCCGGUGAAAUCAAACAUUUCAUUUCAACGUGUGACAUUUGUCAAGCCCUUCAACCUGACCACCAGAAAGAGACUCUUAAUGAGUCAUGAGAUCCCAAGACACCCAUGGGAAAAAGUUGGUGUGGAUCUUUUUGAAUUAAACGGGAAAAAUGAUGUAGUCUGCAUGGACUACUUCAGCAAUUUUUUAGAGGUGGACAGAAAUCGUGGUGAGAAAAAUAAAGGCCCUAAAUCCUGAGAACCACCUGGAGGCCAUAUGCGCACCCUGAAGAUCCAAUACAAGUCCUGACAACAUACAAAGAACCCGAUCAGGACGGGAAAUAAAGACCACUAGGAUGAAAGUCUUUAUUUAUAAUUAGAUAAAGACAUUGUAUUAAUUUUUAUGUAUUUGUAUUACUGAUGUGAUAAGCCACCUCUUUCCAGAAAGGAGGGGGAUGUUGUGAUAUCACUCUUGUUGUAUUGUUAAGUUGCGUCCCCUUGUGUCAAUGCGUGAGGCCCGUGAAUGCUUGAGUUGAGAAGUCACGUGACCUUGCUUGUAAUAAAUUCAAUAAAGAUAUAGACACGGAGCUGAACAGACGUGUUAGUGUUCAUUGAGAGUUAGCUAUAAUACAAUAAUAUAACAGAAGUUAAGUUCUUUUAAAACAUGUUCUGUACUGCCCCCCUCAGGCUCGAAUACAGUUCAAGGCCGCUAACAUUGCACCCAGACUUGUGGAUCUGCUCCAUGACCUUCAAACCAGUGGGUCGAAAUCCAAGGUGACUACCAGCUGUUGUGAGAAUCUCAAAGCCAUAAUUUCUCAACUUCGGGACUAGAGUCAACACCUUCAGGCUGAUUGAUGACAGACUAUUAGUUUCUCCGUUUCCGAAUGAAAAAUAGUGCCAAAUCUAAUAUUGGAAAAAAUGUUCUCUUAUUAUUUAAUUUUAUGGUGGCAAUACUUUAAACAGAUUAAGACAUCACACUCGGCCAUACAAAUCCUUUGUGUGUGACAGGACAUGACGUCAGUCUCGGAAAAUUUAUCUGCUGUAUAGAAUAUUGACUCAUUGGAUUGGGUUGGUUGAUGAAUGUGACACGCCAGGACAAAAGCACGGUGGUCCUAUUUAAGUGGGAGCGCAUGAUGAAUGUGACAUGCCAGGCCAAAAGCAUGGUGGUCCUAUUUAAGUGGGAGUGCAUGAUGAAUGUGACAUGCCAGGCCAAAAGCACGGUGGUCCUAUUUAAGUGGGAGCACAUGAUGAAUGUGACAUGCCAGGACAAAAGCACGGUGGUCCUAUUUAAGUGGGAGCGCAUGAUGAAUGUGACAUGCCAGGCCAAAAGCACGGUGGUCCUAUUUAAGUGGGAGCGCAUGAUGAAUGUGACAUGCCAGGACAAAAGCACGGUGGUCCUAUUUAAGUGGGAGCGCCAAGUAUUUAAGUUCGAUGUCAAGAAAGAAGAAAAAAAGAUGUGGAACAAUCAAAAUUAAACUGUUUUAAGUGAUUAAAAGUUGGAACAACUGAUGCAUGUAGGUUUAAAGAUUUAUUUAUAUUUAGAAAAAUAAGUUUCUUGUAGCUUAAUUAAAAUAUUAGCAGGACGGCCAACAUAAAAAUUGUUACCAGAUAAAAUAUUACCAUUUGGCAACGGUUUUAUUCCAACAGCUGACUUUUUUUGUCAUCUGUAUGAGUUGUUGCACUCUGGCAACUUUUCUUUAUUAACAAGAAGUCACUGUGUUAAUGGUCAAUAGUGUGAAAACUAUACUACAUUUAUUUUCUUGAAGUUUUUCUAGCAUUAAAUAUUUAUUAUUGCAUAUUAUUUAUACAUGUGAUGAC